UUCAUUUCCAGUCUUCGCCUGUACGACAGAGCCUCCGUCUGUGAAUUGCCUGACCAUUAGCUUAGCGGGACACGCUCUUCAACGAACCAUGCCGGCGUUGAGACGAAGGGAUUGGGAACACCUCGCAGUCGCAGUAAUGGCUGUGGCGGGGAGGAUGGCAGAAGAUGCUUUUGACCUUGUGGACAGCAUAUGCGACAAGAGCACGCUGUGUCUACAAGCGUUGCUCAAGAGCGGCAACGAUGGCCUCCUCUUGGGCGACGAUGAUGCAGAUGACAGUAGCCGUGGGGGACGCUCGCUGCUUUGGCUAUGGCCCACUAUUGUUGAUCUCUGCAAGCUGUUACCCCGUGCUUCGCCGAGGUGGUGGGUCAUGCGCCGAACAGGUGGUCUGUGGAAGGAUCUCCUUCCAUGUGAUGAUGCGGAGGAUGACCAUUACUUGGGUCUCUUGCGCAUGCGGCGGUCAUCAUUCGAUCGUAUUUUGCGAAAGGUGGGUCCCCUCUUGGAGAGGGAGGUGACAAAGUUCAGGGUCCCUUUGGAUCCUGCGAAAAAACUGGCGUAUGCGCUCCACAGGUGGGCGCACGGUGAAUCGCAUUGGCACACUUGUUCCGGGUACGGUAUGGGCAAAACCAGUGGACUCCGAGCCAUCAGAGAGGUGGCUGAGGCCAUUAUCGCGUGUUACCGGAACAAGGUCGGCUUCGGGGGUUUUGCGGAGCGUCAUCGUAGAAUGCAGUUGUUUGACGCGUUGGGCUUCCUGAACUGUUGGGGGUGCAUAGACUGCACCCAUGUUUAUAUGGACAAGCCGCGCACAAGGGACGGGGAUGACUACUGUUCGGGAAGAUUCAACAGGUUCUCCAUUGUUACGCAGUUGGUGGUCGACUCCGAACUGAAGAUCCUGGACUUCUGCUAUGGAUUCCCAGGGACUGUUGGUGAUGGACGCGCGUUGAAGUCGACGUCACUCUAUAAGCGCGGUCUGCAAGGUUCUCUAUUCCUGGACGACCCCGCUGAUCCGUUCGCUCCUGACAGACCGGCAAUUGCCGGUGUCCCUGGCGGGUACUUGCUCGCCUAUUGCGGGUAUCCAAGUCUACCCUGGAUUGUCACUCCUUACGGGCAGGCACCCAAUGUCACGAUGGCCAUGCAACAGUUCGAUGCACUCCACAAGAUAGUGAGAUCUUGCGUGGAGCGUUUUUUUGGAGUCUUCAAGAUGCGGUUCCAGUUCUUCUAUUGCCCACAUGUGACCGAUAUAACGAGGGAGGGUUUGGAAUUCGAAGCCUGUUGUAUUCUCCACAAUCUAUUUCAGGAAUGGGGAGACAUGCCGCAAGAGGACUUGGAGUUGUCUAAUGCGUCUUCCCCCGACACACCUCCUCCCCGUGGAGGACAAGGAAGUGUGGGAUUACCGCUUGAAUUCAUGUUCGGUCGCGAACGCGGGCAGGCCAUGAGAGAUGCGUUGUGUGCAGAAGUUGUCCGCUUGUAUGAGAUUCGGAGGGAGCAGUGAUAUGGGCCUCACGAGUAGACCACUGUGGCACGGGUACUGAUCUUCACUUUGGUGGUCAUUCAUGUACCGUUCUCGCCCGAACGGCU